UUUUUUUUUUUGACGUCGUUUACCACCACACACAGUGGCUUGUCUAGUUUGUUUUUAUUAAACAAUAAUUAUGAAUAAGUGUUUAUUUAAAAAUGUAUAAAUUAAUUUUAUUCAAUUAAUUAAUAAUAAAUAUUAUUUAAUAAUAAUUUUAUAUAUUAAUGAAUAAAUGGAAGAAGAAAAGAAUUUAAUAUAUAAAAACAUAACCUCAAAAAUAUAAACAAUACCUAUAUUUUGAUAAGUUUUUUUUUUAAGUGUUUUAUUUUUUUACAAGUGUUUUUUAUAUUUUUAUUAAACAAUUAUAAAUAGCAUUAUUAUUAUUUGAUAUUAUUAUUAAUUUAUAAAAAAUGAGUACAAGUAAAAAUAAUGGUGCAACAAGUGGAAAUGGUCUGGAUGAUUUGGGAAUACCUGGACAAAUAUCUCUUCGUGAUGCAUUGACAAGUUGUACAGAUCCAUUAAAAGCAAUUGAAGAAUUUCAGUUGGAAAAUGGAGUAUUGUUACCAUCUCUACGUCCAAUGUUACCACUGUUGGAUCUUCAUGGUGUUCGUCGUUUAGAUUUUCAUGCAUCAGUACUUGAAGAGCUACGUGAAAAGCUAAUAAAACGUAUAACUGAAAUUGGUAAUGAACGUGAACAAAAAGGUGCAUCUGGUGAUAAACGUUUAAAGGAAAUGUUAUCAAAAAGUUUUUCAGCAGUUAGAGUUGCUGCAUUACGUCCAAUUGUUAUGUGUAUAUUAAGAAAUACACCACAUAUUGAUGAUAAAUAUUUACGUGUACUUGUACGUGAAAAAGAAUUAUAUAAUUCAGCAGAUACUGAAGUUAAACGUCAAAUAUGGAAAGAUAAUCAAAGUUUAUUUGGUGAUGAAGUAUCACCAUUAUUUAGUCGUUAUAUUAUUGAAAAAGAACAAGUAUUAUUUGAUCAUAAUAAUUUAAAUUCAUUAUUUUUUUCACCAUCACCAAAAAUACGUAGACAAGGUGAUGUUGUUAUUAAAUUAGCACAUAUGAUUGGUCACAGUGUUAAGCUAUAUGACAUGGUACUACAAUUUUUACGUACAUUAUUUUUACGUACAAAAAUAAUACAUUAUUGUACAUUACGUGCUGAGUUAUUAAUGGCAUUACAUGAUUCAGAAAUACAAGAUAUAAUAUCAGUUGAUCCGUGUCAUAAAUUUACAUGGUGUCUUGAUGCAUGUAUACGUGAAAAAAAUGUUGAUAUUAAAAGAUCACGUGAAUUACAAGGUUUUUUAGAUAGUAUUAAAAGAGGACAAGAACAAGUAUUAGGUGAUUUAAGUAUGACACUUUGUGAUCCAUAUGCUGUUAAUUUUUUAGCAAGUUCAGUUAUUAAAAUAUCAUUACAUUUAAUAAAUUCCGAAUCAUUACCACGUGAUAAUGCUGUACUUGUUCUUUUAUUACGUAUGUUAGCACUUGGUUUAUCAGCAUGGAAUAUGAUUGAUUCACAAGAUUUUAAAGAACCAAAAUUAGAUAGUCAAGUUGUUACAAAAUUUUUACCAGCAUUAAUGUCAUUAAUGGUUGAUGAUCAAAUACGUCAAUUAAAUUGUAAAUUACCACCAGAUGAACGUGAAAGUGCUAUUGCAAUUAUUGAACAUUCUGGACCACCACCAGAUGCAUGCCAAGCAUAUUCAACAAGUUCUGGUGUUGCUGCUGUAUUAGCAAUGUAUUAUGCACUUCAUGUUGGUGGUGGUAAUGUUAAUAAUAGCUCAAAUAAUAAUAAUAAUACUGGUAAUAUUGGAUCUGGACAAAAUAUUGGUGGUAAAACACGUGGUGAUGCUCGUGGAUUAAUGAGAGUACUAUCAAUAUUAACAAAUUGUGAUGGACAAAGAGCAUUUGAAGAUCCAUUUUUACAUACACUUGUUUCAUCAUUAAUAUUAAAUAUGUCAGAUGAAUUUUCAAAUGAAUCAUUUUGUACUGUUAUAUUUGAUGAAUUUUUUCUUGCUGGUCUUGGUAAGGAUAAUGUUAUAAGACAUUUAUUAAAAUUACUAUGGUAUAUUUAUCCAAAAUUACCACCAGCAAGAUUGCACUCUUUGAUGAAAGGUCUACAACCAACAAGUCAGCAUAAUGAAGCUGUUCAUUCAUUGUAUCAAUCACUGAAAGAAAAAAUUGGCAGCAAAACUGUUGAAGAAACUAUUGUCAUUGAACAAAAUAAUAGAAUGAGUAUUGAUGGACCAUCAUCACCACUAUCAUCAAUGACACCAACUAGACUUUAAUAUUACUAAUUAUUUUAAGAAAAAAAUUUAAUCAAUUUAUAGAUAGAGACGUUAAUAAUGACAAUAUUAAUCAAUUAUUAUUAUUUAGGUUUUGGGUUUUUUAUAUUUAUAAAAAAAUUCAAUCAACAGAUGACUAUCAGAACUCUGUACAUUGUAUAAAAAAAAAUAUAUAUAUUAUAUGAAUUUGUUUUUUUUUUUUUUUUUUUUAUCAAUUUGUAAUAUUUCUUGGUGAUGUUAAUGAUGAUACAAGAAUAUCAAGAUAAUUUGAGCUAAGAUUGUAAAUAGUCAAAAUCAUUGAGAUGUAGGUUGAUGCUUUUUUCAUUGAUAAAAGAUUUUUUAUUGUUGGAUCAAUCACACCAAGCCUAUUGAAUAAUAAAA